GGUCGUACGCCGCCAUUUUAUGAAGCGGACGAGCCGCGAGUGGAAGGAAGCGGUGGAGCGAAGCGAAGAGGAAAUACUGAGCACCUUGGGAUGCAUGUACUGCGCCUGGCGACAGAAGUUUUGAGUGUGGAGGAACUGGGGGAGAGAUGUUAGUAUCGGGAGUCCGGGGAAAAUCCAGAGAUGGAGAUAGGGUAGUAUUCGAGAUGGAGCCCUCACCUUCGAUUACUCAAGAGAAAGAGAAAACGACAACAAACAGACGAACGCAGAGAAGAGAAUGUUUGAAGAGAACAAGAGAGAGAGAGAGAGAGAGAGAGAGAGAGAAAUCGAGCGAAGAAAAAGGCAACGAAGAGGCAAAGAAAAAAGAAAAUAAGAAGAGACCUUAUCCGGAUUCCCAAACAGGAAAUGAGCGGACUACGAACGCUACUUGAUCACGGAUGCAGCCGAUUUGACAGAAAAGGGAAG